AUGGCCGUCCCGCAGCAGCAUGCAUCAUUGGUAAUGUGCGGCAGCAGCAGCACGUGCGUCCGCGACGGUGACGCAGCGGCCAAUGGCGGGGAAUUGGCGGCGUGCACAGCGGAGCAGCAGGGGCCCCGCCCUGGCGAGCAGGAGGCCAUUGAAGCGAUGGAGGCGGAGGUCGAUGCCGCGGGCAGCGGGGACCCUGCGCUGGGCCAUGCCCCGGCUGCUGCAGCAGCUGCGGGAGACUCGGAAAGCUCUGUGAUUGCUAUCGCGGAGCACUGCCCGGCGGCGCUCUCCCGCGACAACUGGUCCCUGGACGUGUUUGAGAUCCGUGCCAAGAUGUACAGCGGCCACAUCAGCAGCGUGUACCGCGCGGUGCACCGUACCAGCGGCAUCACCGUGGGCCUGAAGAUGUACCGCCGGGGCAUGCUCAACGACAUGGAGCGCCACCAGAUCGCGCGUGAGAUCUGGCUGCACAUCCAGCUCAACCACCCCUCCAUCAUCGCGCUGUACGCGGCCUGGAAGGACCGAGACUACAUUUAUCUCGUUCUUGAAUGGGCGCCAGAGGGCAACGUGUUCACGUUCCUGCAGCAGCACGGCGGCCGCCUGCCGGAGCACGUGGCGGUGCCCAUGGUGCUGGAGCCCACCAUGAGUGCGCUGGCCUACAUCCACGGGCUGGGCAUGAUCCACCGCGACGUGAAGCCGGAGAACAUCCUGCUGACCACCAGCAUGCAGAUCAAGCUGGCAGACUUUGGCCUCAGCAUACACAGCAACUACGAGAUCGCAAACACCAGGCUGGGCACCAUUGACUACCUGUCUCCCGAGAUCCUGGACUGCCCCGUCAAGCAGCACCCUGCAGACCACAAGGCCAACCCCAACAAGUGGUACACCAACAAGGUGGACUGCUGGAGUGUUGGUGUGCUGGCCUACGAGCUGCUGGCGGGACACACACCCUUCGAGGCGCGCACCCCCCAGGAGACGCUCCACAAGAUCAAGUCUCAGGAGGUGGCCUACCCCCCGCAGCUGUCACCAGAGGCGACCGAGUUCAUACAGCGCGCCCUCGUGCGCUCCCCUGAGCAGCGCACCGGCAUGCAGGAGCUGCUGGCGCACCCCUGGGUGCGCAGCCACAUGCGGCGCAACGCCGCGCCCCACAUGCGCGGCCGAACGGUGACCCAGGGCGAGGUGCCUCAGGGGCUGGGGCUGCAGCCGGUGGGGGGCGGCGCGGGGAGCGGCGGCGGCUUUGGGUUGACGGGCAGCGGCGGGGUCGGCGGCGGCGCUGGGCUGGUGGCGGCAGGGGGCAGUGCGGGGGCGCCUGGCUCCCUGAGCAUGCCUGGCAGCAGCAGCGUCCAAAGCGGCAGCGGGGCGGGUGGCGGCGGCGGCGGUGGUUGGGGUGGCGCGCGCAUGCAGUCUUCCGGCGGCAUCAGCAAGGCGGGCCUGAUGGCGGGCGUGGUGGCCGGGGAGGGCCACAACAGCAGCUGCCCCAACAUCCUGACAGCACAGAUCGUCUGUGACGGAACCGAUUCGAUGGACUGCGGCGCCGCGCAGCCGCACCCGCCCGGCCUCUCGCCCCUUGGUCGCGGCGGCAUCGGGCGCCCGGCCGCGGGUGGCGAGGCCGCGGCGGCUGCGGACGACGGCUAUUGGGGGGGCGGCUGCCAACGGCAGCGGGCGCAGCAGCGGGGCGCCGCCUGUGACGAGGGGGAGGACGGCGCGAUGGUGCUGUGA